CCGCGAGCGCAGAGAAUGGGCCGCGCUGUUUCCAGGGCGACGGCUCGGAGUGUUCCGGAUCGUACCAUUGCGCGGGGGGGAGGAAGGCUUCAGCCGUCGCCAGACCCAGCCCAGCGCCGCCUCCUUCUCUUCCCCCCCCUCCCCUCCCCUCCCCCCCGGCCGGAGCGCGGCGCCUGGGCCCAGCGGCGAGCGCAGCGCGGAGGAGCGAAGCAGGCGGAUCCCGUCGGCGGCAGCGCGGAGCCUGGGCCCAGAGCGGCGGGGUCGGUAGCGGCGGCGCGGCCCCUUCUCCCCCCCGCGCGGGGCAGCGGGCUGCGGGCGGCCCCGGGCUGCGAAGGCGGCUCGGAGACAAAGGAGGCGGCGGGGCUCGGAGCCGGCACCAGGGACCGAGAGGAGCCUCCGGGGGCCCCCGCCCGGGGCAGGCGGCACAAUGCGGCACGGGGCGGCCCGCCCGCACCGGCUGCAGCAGCGCGGGGGCCGCAGCGAGGCCCGUCCGGGGCGGGGAUAGAGGCGGCGGCCGGAGCCCCAGAGCCGGGCCGGGCCCCUUCCGCGAGCAGCCUCCCCCCGGCCUGUCACACGGGGCGGCGAUGUGAGGGCCCCGGAGCCGGCAGCACCCACAGCCGAGCAGCGGGGACCCAGCGGAAGCGGCGGCCGGCCGGGCCCGGAGGAGCCGAGCAGCGGGGAUCCGGCGGGCGCGGCGGCCGGCCGGGCCCGGAGGAGCCGAGCAGCGGUGAUCCGGCGGGCGCGGCGGCCGGGCCUGGGUGUGCGAUGGAGACGCACAUCUCCUGCCUGUUCCCGGAGCUGCUGGCCAUGAUCUUCGGGUACCUGGAGGUGCGGGACAAGGGCCGCGCGGCGCAGGUGUGCACGGCCUGGCGGGACGCCGCCUACCACCGCUCCGUCUGGCGGGGCGUGGAGGCCAAGCUGCACCUGCGCCGCGCCAACCCCUCGCUCUUCCCCAGCCUGGCGGCGCGGGGCAUCCGGCGGGUGCAGAUCCUGUCUCUGCGGCGCAGCCUGAGCUACGUGAUCCAGGGCAUGGCGGAGAUCGAGAGCCUCAACCUCAGCGGCUGCUACAACCUCACCGACAACGGGCUGGGCCAUGCCUUCGUGGCGGAGAUCGGCUCGCUGCGGGCGCUCAACCUGAGCCUGUGCAAGCAGAUCACCGACAGCAGCCUGGGCCGCAUCGCCCAGUACCUCAAGGGCCUCGAGGUGCUGGAGCUGGGCGGCUGCAGCAACAUCACCAACACCGGCCUCCUCCUCAUCGCCUGGGGUUUGCAGCGCCUCAAGAGCCUCAACCUGCGCUCCUGCCGCCACCUCUCUGACGUGGGCAUUGGGCACCUGGCGGGCAUGACCCGCAGUGCAGCUGAGGGCUGUCUGGGCCUGGAGCAGCUCACGCUGCAGGACUGCCAGAAGCUCAGCGACCUCUCCCUAAAGCACCUGGCCCGAGGGCUGGGACGCCUCCGCCAGCUCAACCUCAGCUUUUGUGGGGGCAUUUCAGAUGCGGGGCUGCUCCACCUGUCCCACAUGAGCAGCCUGCGCAGCCUCAAUCUGCGCUCGUGUGACAACAUCAGCGACACAGGCAUCAUGCAUCUGGCCAUGGGCAGCCUGCGCCUUUCGGGCCUCGAUGUUUCCUUCUGUGACAAGGUGGGGGACCAGAGCCUAGCCUAUAUCGCACAGGGCCUGGAUGGGCUGCGUUCCCUCUCCCUCUGCUCCUGCCACAUCAGCGAUGAGGGCAUCAACCGUAUGGUGCGCCAGAUGCACGGGCUCCGCACGCUCAACAUUGGCCAGUGUGUCCGUAUCACUGACAAGGGCCUGGAGCUCAUUGCAGAGCACCUCAGCCAGCUCACAGGCAUUGAUCUCUAUGGCUGCACCCGCAUCACUAAGCGGGGCUUGGAGCGCAUCACCCAGCUGCCCUGUCUCAAGGUGCUCAACCUGGGACUUUGGCAAAUGACUGAGAGUGAGAAGGUGAGGUGAGAGGAGGGGGCACCUGGAGACCUCCAUCCUCUCUGGAGGGACUCGCUGACUGACUGCUGCAAUGGAGGAGGAGGGUGGGGUACACACAGACCCAUGCUACCUGCCCACUCCAGCACUGGAAGGAGGCAGGGAUAGAGAGAGUCCACCCCAUCCCUUCCAUGCCACCUACCCACCUCUGCACUGGCUGGGGCAGGAGAGGGAAGAGAGAGAACCCUCAUUUCUUCCAUGCCAUCCCCAGCCCUCCAUUGGGAAUACAGUACCCCUUUCCUCAUCCUUCUCUGCAUUGGGGAUAGAGGCCUGCAAUUUUAUGCACUGGGGCUGGAGAUACCCCUCCCCACUCCAGUUCUGAUUCUAACCCCUCAUGCACUAGGGAUUGAUGAAGAAAGUCCCCUAUUCUUAUUCACCUCCAGUCCUGCUCAGUUUUGGGAAUAGGGACCUUCUGUAAUGGGGGUGGGAAUGGAAAUGGGAACAGCCCCCCCCCCCCCCAAA